CAUUUAAGUUUCUUAAACCCAGAAAAAACCUAUCCUUACCUUUCUCAGUUUCUCUUCCCUUUUCGUCUGUCUGAACCCAUCAACCAAAAUGGGUCGACCCGCGAAAAGGAACAUCCGAGAGAAGCCGGUGGAGGAGAAUGAAGAUCCGGUUUCCAGUGCAUCACCGCCGUCCAAGAAAACAAAGCAGCAGGACAGCGAUCGGGUUGUGUUAUUGAACAGGGAGAAAAAGAAGACCCAAAAGAACAAACCCGACUCCGAACUCUCCCUCGUUGGCCCGCCCGUUCCGGCUUCUGAAGCUCAGAAGAAAUGGCCGAGUAGAUAUUCAUAUACUUGCAAAUCCUCCUCCAAGAAGAAGAAUGGAGCUCCAGCAGAGACUGCUCUUAAUCGUGGAUCAAAUGAAGAGGAAGAAGUUCUACAGGCAAAGUGUCAUUACACGAAAGCUUUAAUAGAUGGGUGUGAGUACAAUCUUGGCGAUAAUGCUUAUGUAAAGGCUGAGGAUGGGAAGCUUGAUUACAUAGCUAGAAUCAUUGAGUUGUUUGAAGGUACUGAUGGGGAGCCAUACUUUACGGCUCAAUGGUUUUAUAGAGCUGAAGAUACGGUCAUCAAGGACCAUGCAAAUCUUAUUGACAAAAAAAGAGUAUUUCUCUCAGAUGUUAAGGAUGACAAUGCACUAAAUUGUAUCGUGUCUAAAGUAAAGAUUGCUCAAGUUGCCUCAAAUAUGAACUUAAAGGCAAAGGAGGAAAAAAUUCCUCCUUGUGACUUGUAUUAUGAUAUGAAAUACACAUUGCCAUACUUGACUUUUUCAAACAUAAUCACAGAAAUUGAUAAAAGUGGUAGUGAUACAUCGACAAUUUCAAGUGAGAGUAGUUCAAACAAUAGCAUUGGGAAUUCUGAAAUGAGUUUGCUGGACUUGUAUGCUGGCUGCGGUGCCAUGUCUACUGGUCUGUGCAUUGGUGCAUCAUUAUCUGGAGUAAAAUUAGUAACAAGGUGGGCUGUUGACAUAAAUACUGAUGCAUGUAAAAGUUUGAAAUACAAUCAUCCUGAGACACAGGUGAGGAAUGAGGCAGCAGAAGAUUUUUUAUCUUUGUUAAAGGAAUGGGAAAAGCUGUGCCAGCAAUUUUCAUUGUGUUGUUUAGAUAAAGAGCCAGAGCAGAGUUUCAACUCAUUUAACAUAGAAGAAAAAGAGGAAGAAGAAGAUGAAGAAGAAAAUGAUAAAGCCUCCAAUGUUUCUGAUGAGGAAUUUGAAGUGGAGAGGUUAUUAGCUAUUUGUUAUGGUGAUCCUAACAAAGUAAAGAAACCUGGAGUGUAUUUUAAGGUGCGUUGGAAGGGAUACGGUCCUAGUGAGGACACUUGGGAGCCUAUUGAGGGCUUGAGUACUUGCGAGGAGAAGCUGAAAGAUUUUGUUAUAAAAGGGUUUAAGUUGAAGAUAUUGCCACUUCCUGGCAAUGUUGAUUUUAUAUGUGGGGGGCCUCCAUGUCAAGGAGUUAGUGGUUUCAAUCGUUUUAGAAACUCAAAAGCUGCCUUGGAAGACAUAAAAAAUCGUCAGCUAUUAGUGUUCAUGGACAUUAUUGAGUUUCUAAAGCCAAGAUAUGUUUUAAUGGAGAAUGUUGUAGAUAUUUUAAAGUUCGCUGGUGGAUUUUUGAUUCGUUAUGCUAUUGGACGUCUUGUUUCCAUGGACUAUCAAACUCGAUUAGGGAUUAUGGCAGCAGGUUCUUAUGGUUUAGCACAAUUUCGGAUGCGGGUUUUCUUGUGGGGUGCUCAUCCGUUUAAGAAACUACCACAAUAUCCAUUGCCAACUCAUGAGGUCUUAUCCAAGGGUCUUGUUCCAGCUGAGUUUGAGGAAGUCACUGUUGCAUAUGCCAAGGACCAACCUUGUCAGUUAGAAAAGGCUGUUCGUCUUGAUGAUGCAAUAUCAGAUCUCCCGCCAGUUACAAAUGAUGAGAGUCAAGAUGAGAGGAAUUACGGGACAGCAGCUCGCACAGAGUUUCAAAAAUAUAUUAGAGUAAAGCGAAACUAUGUAGUCAGUCUUUCUACUCCUCAAAAUGCACCACGUCCUGGGUUAUUGUAUGACCAUCGACCGUUGAAACUUAAUGAAGAUGAUUAUGAAAGAGUCUGCCGUAUUCCGAAAAAGAAGGGUGCAAACUUUAGGGACCUACCAGGUGUCUUGGUUGGUCCGGAUAACAAGGUAGUUUGGGACCCUUCAAUGGAAAGAGUGAUGCUUAAAUCUGGGAAACCAUUGGUCCCUGAUUAUGCUAUGACCUUUAUCCGUGGUACAUCAACCAAACCAUUUGGCCGCCUAUGGUGGGAUGAAAUUGUCACUACAGUUGUGACAAGAGCGCAGCCUCACAAUCGGAGUGUACUUCAUCCUGUACAAGACCGAGUACUCACAAUCCGUGAAAAUGCAAGAUUACAAGGAUUCCCAGACUGCUAUCGACUUUUUGGGUCAGUCAAAGAGAGGUACAUACAAGUUGGGAAUGCAGUAGCAGUCCCGGUUGGUAUUGCACUGGGAUAUACAUUUGGUCAAGCUUGUCAAGGAUUAUCCGAUGACCAGGCUUUGACGACUCUCCCUUUCAAGUUCCCCAAAUCUCUUGCACAGUCAUCUUCAACGAAAGUGAAAGAUGAUUCUGAUUGAAACUGAAAGAGAAUACAAAUUAGACCCCUUAGUCUAGUUCAUUCUUAAUUUAACUUUCUAACAAUUAUUUGUUGGCAAUGGAUGUACAAGUUUGAUGAAUCCAAGAAAAUUAGUUUAAAAAACAAUAUGAGAUCUCAUGCACCUUUAUGGCCAUCUUUGAAACAAGGGAAAAAUUUGAGCUGCACUGGUUAAUAUUGACAAUUGAAAGUUAGGGGGUGCAAUGUUACUCCAAAGAGGGCCAGGGGCUGCAACUGUGGAAGGAGCUGCUCUGGGUGGGUUCGGCUGGUAAUUGAGAAUGGCUAUGCCUGGUGGAGUUCCAAUCUAGAACCAAUAAAGAAAUUAUUUAACCAUUUCUGCAAUCAAAAUCCAGUAUCAAAACUUCUAAGUCCUUACAUUACCUGUCGAAUUCCAUGCCAAUGGAUGGCAACAUUCUCAGUUACCAAACCGUUUUCAUUUUUUAAGCUCAAUAAUAAUGGUGUCAUUCUGC